UACCGCAAGUGCGCUACGCACCCUUUGGGAGACGAUAACAGUAUCUACAGCGACAUUUCGUUCGCUCCGACUGAUGGGUCGCUCGUCUUCCGCCACGAGACGGUUCGGGGUGCAUCUGAAAUUUUCGCCUUCAAGGAGCAAACGUGCCAUUACGAGUCUUCUCUCGGUUGCACCAGAACGUACUGCUAG